AUGCACAAAUGCGUCAAUGUAGAUAGCCUGAACGAUGAUUUUAUAACCAAAAAAGACUCGCUGAAAAGCUUAAGCAUAGAGGAAAGAAGCAAUAGCAGGAUAGCUAAAAGCCAUUACGGAAAAAAUGAUGCAGACAUUAUGAAACAAAAUGCGGAAAAGAAUUACCUAGACCAUUUUGAUGCACCAAAUGGAAACCUGAACAAGAAUUAUAUCUACUCCUGUGAUAAUUUAAUGGAUGAAUAUAACAGCAGAAAUAGUAACCUGCAUAGCAGAACGUUAGAGGAACAUUUGAAAAGCUACAGUUACCAUAUGGGUCCAGAGCAAAUACGUAGUAAUAAAUAUGGGAUAUCACAAGAAAGGGUUGACGGAAAGCAUCUACUUAGUCUUAGUGAAGAGAGAAACAUGAUUCUGUCCAGAGAUCGUAUUAACAAGAGUUACUUCAGUGAAAAUUAUGACAACAGAAGUGACACCAACAGAGGUGACAGUAACAGAGGUGACAGCAAUAGAAGUAGCGGUAACAGAAAUAAGGACCAAAUGAUCAACAUGAUAAGUAACCAUUAUAAUAAUUUAAUCCGAACGACGAAUAAAGGUAUAGAAAAUAUAAACAGUAAUUGCGAUGCUAUAAUUUCCAACAGAAAUUACGAUAGCAUGUCCGAUGUCAGUAGUAUCAUUUUGAUGAACAAAAACGAUACUACACAGAGCAAUAAUGAUUACGCAGAUUAUAACUACAAUAGUUAUUUUAAUUAUCGCAACGAUCACACCUCUGCAUACCACUACAACAACAGUGCCAAUAAUGGCGGGGAAAAUAAUGGAAGUAGGACUCGUCACAACAAUGGUGGCAACGCAGGGAGUAGUAAACGAUACAGCAACGGAUAUAAUAAUCGCGCCCAUAGGAAUGGUAACUAUGAAGGAGAAAAAAGGGAAUGCUUCACUUUUUCACAUGAAAGCUCGCUGAACGAAAAUCUAAUACCCGAGAACUGUGACUACGCUAAAGUGGGGAAGGCGCACCUCGAAAUGCCAGACAACGAGCUGAAUUCAUUACCCCUAUACAAUGACGAAGAGACACCGAAUAGAAUUCUUCAAGAAAUGGGUGAACAAACAAAGCAAGGUGAAAUGCAUUUCACAAGUAAACUCCAGAGCAUUGAAAGAGAAAACACAAACAAUCGAAUUAAGAUCUACGACAUAUUUAACAAUUCCAAUAUUAAAAAGAGUAAUAAUAAUAAUAUGGGUAUUUUAAAUUUUUUGAAAAAUAAGAGGACGAACAAAUACACAUAUGAUAGCAAGGGUAUUCGAAAUGAUGCCCCAGAAACAAAAGACCUCAGUAAAGAGAGUUAUAGCAGUGGAGUGUCUAAUAAAGUAGGGGGAAUUCCUGGUGGGGGAAUUCCUGCGGAUGGCCACCCCGGGAGUGGUCAUAGCAAUACUGAGGGAAGUCAAAGCAAUUACCGAUUUAACGAUAACAUGAGAAAUGUAGAAAGUAUCGACCCAUAUAAUGGCUCCUCCGUGCUAAAGGGAUGUACGUACAACGACGAAAACACAAAGAACAAAUUAGCGACACCCUCUCACAUUUUAAUCAGCCAGAAGUAUAUACAGGAAAAGGGUGAAAAGGCAUCCAAGGCGGAAUUAGCAAAUAAGUCUAAUAUUAACUCAUUUGAAACUCUUAAACAUUUAGAGAAGGGUGACAAUGGUGAUGUUACUAAUUUAUACGGAGCUACACUGAAUGGUUUUUUAAACAAAAAGGACAACCAUUCAGAUGAAUGUAGUAAUAAAACCGAUGUCGCAAGGAAGGAGAAAAACAAUCCAUUCAGUAUGUAUCAUUAUGUGAAAAAGGAACGAACAGAUAAUGUAGCUCCCCUUUCCAACGAGCAGGGAAAGGGUGACAGUAGUAAAAGUGGUACCACUAGUAGUAAGGAUAAGGAAAGAUGCAACGUAAACGUAAACAUAAACGGAGGAAGUAGCAAGAUCAACCGAAGUAGUAACAAUGUCGAACAAAAUUACAAACCGAUUAAUAGCGAAUAUAUUGAUAACCAUGACUGUGGUAGCGAGCUUCCCACCCGAGGUGAAAAGGCCAACAAGAAAGGCCCAAUCACACGGGACGCAGCAACAAAUAGUAAUGACUACAAUAUUGUAGGGAAAAGAGACCUACACAUAUAUAAAACCGAAUUGGAAGUACAAAAAGGUAGUUUUAACCAUUAUGCGAAGAAAGGCAUUAAAAAAGACGCAUUGGGAAGAGAACACAGAAUGAAUGUCCAGAAGAGCAAGCCAGAUAAGGAUCAUCACUACUUCAAGGAAGGGAUUGAAACUGAAGGAGAAUUUCCUAUGAACGAGAAAUGGAAUGGAAAUGAUACUUAUUACGUACAUGAGGAAAACAGAAGAAACGAAAAAAUAAAAACCAACGAAGAGUUAUCAAGUAAAUAUAUUUCUUCAUAUUCCGACCCGUCCCUCCCUAGCUCCAUACAAUCCUCUGCGGAACUCCAAAAUAGGAUACACGAAAAAAGCCGAAACUCCAAAAUUGCACUUACGAAAGGAAUGAAGAGCAAGAAUGAUAAAAGGUAUAAUGAAAAAAAAAAAAUGGACCUGAAGGGGAAACAAGAAAAUGAACAAUUCCAUCGAAGUAGAAGUAACUCCUUAACUGAUGACAUAAGUUGCAUUUAUGAGGAACAGAAGCAGUCUGAUUUGGGCGAUGUAAUUGGAGACAAUCGUAUGAGCCGAAACGGUACUUGCAGACACAUUGUCAACGACUCCGAUAACUGUAAAAAUGCUAAUAAAAAUAAUAAAGGGGUUGGCACCGAUGCGAUAAUCCCCGGACAAACAUACAAUUAUGACGAAGCAAAAGAGCCUCUGCAACAAAAUAGUUGCAAGCACGAAUGCAGAAAUGCACCCAUGGUGUAUGUCAAGAAGAAAAAAAAAAAUAAUAAAAUGAAACAUAAAGGGAGUGAUCGGUGCACCGAAAGUUGUACUGACAGGGGUAGAGCAAGCAGCCGUGAUGAAGAUAAAGGUAGCAAUGAGUGCAAAGACAGCCUCAACGGUGAAGACAGUUCUGUGAGGAGCACAAACAGACGAAGUAACUCACCCAAUGUUACACAUUGGGAUCUUAGGAACGGAUUUAAAAGGAGUAGUGGAAAAUAUCCAGGGGAACUUAAUAACGCUUUAAAAGAAUUAAGAGCCAACAAUGGGGAUAACCAUUGUGAGGAGAGUGAGAGAAAAAAUGGACGUGACAACGUAUGUGACCAUCUCGUUGUCAGCAAAGUCACUCAUUCGAUGAACCCGUUUAGGCACAAUGUUACCACCAACCCUAAGGAAGACAACAGAGGUAGUAACGAAUGUGACAGUGGUAAUAAGGAAGGUGAUGAUUACAAUAACCGUGAUCGUUGUGAUAGAAACGGAAAAUACCAUGACAGGGGAAGAGAUAAAAAGGGGCACGUGAAUAUUUUGGAAAAAUCGCAAAUUUCGCAGGAAUGUAACGAAAACUGUGUUACAAAGAGAAAAGAAAAAAAAAAGAAGAAGGAAGGGAUGCUAAAGUCUAAACAGACAAUGGCACAAGAUGAAGAUAUGGCACACGGUGAUGACACGAAUGUGUUUGUCAAGUGUAGAAACAAGAAUAAGUCCAGUUACAUUAUUUCGGACUAUGAGCAGCGUGUUUGUUUUAUGAGGGAAAAUGUAUCAGUCAACAAGACACAUUUUGUUGCCCCUUGCAAAAAGAUGCAUCAAACAAAAAAGAACACUAGUAAGAAAUGUUGCUUAAAGAAAAGCGAAAACCAAAGUAGCAGUAGCUUCAACUCAUCUAGCUAUGAAAAAUGUGAGGAGGAGGAUGUCACAUAUGAUAAUAAAACUAUUCGCACGAAGUGUACUCGUUUGAAAGAGAACAAUAUGAAGAAGACGCACAGAACUCCCCUGCACAGUAACACAACCAGUAUUAGGAAUAUGAGGGGAACAAAUAGAGGCAAUGAUGAUAAUAGCCAAAGCGGAAGUAGCAACCUGCGCUGCUGCGUGAAUGAUAUAAGCAACAGUAGUGACGACCUGCAUGAUGGCGAAAGGAAAAAUGCAAACGCGAAAACAGGAAGGAACAGAAAGAGCAAUUUUCCUAAUAGGGAAAAAAUUGAAUUAAAAAUUUAUAGUGGCGAAGGAGAGAGCCAAAAGUAUAAACACCAAGGGGAAACCCUCCCUAACGGAAUGGAGAACCGCGACUCCAACUCAGACUCAGACGCCGGCACAGACACAGAUUAUCACGUUGGAAAAUCAAAUCGCCCAGUAAGUAAUAUCGAAAAGGGUAGCCACUUUCCAAGCAGUGUAAGCAAAAAAAAAAAAAGGAAGAGCAAUUUGGCCCAAAGUAAAAACGACAAACAACAGGAUCUCCCAACAAGAGACGACAACACCGAUUGUGAUAAUAUAAAGGAAAAGGAGAAAAGGAAGAAGAUGUAUUCUUCCACUGCUUGUAGUAACACCCCCACGAAUGGAAGUAGCAAAUUGGUUUAUAACACAAAUGGCAAUCAAAGUGUACAACAUGACAGGCGCAGGCCAAUAAAAAAGGGAGACAUCCCUGAUGGGGAUGAACAAAUCUGCGCAAAUGUGCAACACGAAAGCGAGAACUUUUCCAGCAAUGCAAACGAUGUUACAAUGAGGGGAGAAAACAUGUGCACGAGAGGCACCAAUAUAGACGGUUCCCACAUCAAUGACCCACGGAUGGGCUAUGCAGACAUUUCCACCUCAAACUAUAAAACGCACUCGUCGAAAAAUAGUAUGGAUACCAUUGACAACCCUACUAGUGUAGGCUCCCUAAACAAAAAAAAGGAUAUACAAUUAAUGAACCAAUGUGAAGAAAUCUUCGGCUAUGCCCCCCAAGGAAUGUACCCCAACAUGCGAUAUGCAUCCAUGGGGGGUGGAAACACAAACCAUAUGGACGCACAUUUCAAGAACAUGAAUUUGCGAAAUCACACAGAAGGUAGCUGUGCAAGUAUGAUAAACGGAAAUGAAUUUUCACAUGAGAGGGUUAAUUGCCAAAAUGGGGAUUCCAAAAUUUUAAUCAUGGCGGGGGAUAUCACUAGUUGUGGUGAUAAAGUACCCCCAAUGGAAGAACAACGGAUAGGGGGACAGCUAGCCGGAGAUAGCAUCAAACAGAACACCUCUCCUUUUUACGAACAGGAUAUUAAGGUGGACGAAAUCCUUACACAUAACAAUAAAGGUGAAUUAUUGCGUAACUCAAAACACAUGCUAAAUGGGACCUUGUUGAAUGUGGAUUCAUCCAUUUGGCACAACCCUCAGAAGGAACAUAAAAUGAAAGAAAAACCCACUGAGCAUAACCCAUUUAAAGGGACGAAAUUUUUACAUAAUAUUAAAAAAACAGAAAAUAAUAAUAACAGAAUCAGCAAAAUGUAUAAUGAGGACAACACGUAUAACAGCAUCUAUAUGAAAGGGGUCGACUUCUAUUUAAAAGACAGUGUAAGAAAUCAUUCGAAUGGAAAAUCCAAUACUUUGGUAACCGUACAUGGAAGGGAAAAGAACGAUGAAGGAUUAAAAGAACAUUUAAACACCAAUACAAGUGUUAAUAUAAAUUACAACCAGGGAAAUCCCCAUGCAUACGAAAGUAAAAAUACAUACAUGGGUGAGGAACAAAUAUUUCCAGGGGAAAACUAUAACAACGUACUUUGUAGGAAUCGCCCUAAUAACGAUGAUAAGAAUGACGAAAUAUUGCGUGAAAAGGGAAAGAGCCAUUUGUUCUCCUCGAGAGGUGAAGAAGUAGACAAUAUAUACAGAAGGGAUAGCAUUUCCAAUGUACCCGUUCUAGGUAGAGGAGCACCCCCACAUGUAACAAAAUCGAUUCAGAGUACCUAUCGUGUGUGUGUAAAUAAUACAACACAAGAAAAACCCCAAAGUAUGGAAGACCCAUAUUCUACCAUUUAUUACCCAGUGGAGACACACACUAAUGCAAAUUGUUAUAUACAUCAUCCAAAUUUCUUCCAAAAAGAAACGAAAGCUGCGCAAAGGUGUAUGGAGAAUAAUCCCUUCUCCUUACAUUCAAGCAUGAAAAAUGCAAGCAUGAAAAAUGCAAGCAUGAAAAAUACAAGCAUGAAAAAUGCAAGCAUGAAAAGUGCAAGCAUGGAUGGUGGAAUCAAGUUUUACAAAAUGGACCAGACGAAUACCAUGAGUUUCACACCCCCUGUAGACAGAGAAAGCCAAAAUAAAGAAUAUGACGCAUGUGAGAUUAGGUUGUUCGAUAAAGCUGGGCACAGCAAUGUUAUCGGGGGAGAGUCAGAUGGGUUUGUCGCUAAAAACUAUUUCGAAAAAAAUGCAAGUGGGCACAAACGAAGGGACAACAUGGAAGGAGAAAUAGGCGCAAAAGGGUCAUAUGGACCUGGGGAUUCUAAAGAUGAACGUAGGCAAAUGUACAUGCACACGGGGAGGGUUGCCCCCUUCUCGGGAAUUUACCCAAGUUCUUCUGGACCACGCUUAAACGACAAUAACGGUGUAAACGCACAGAAUGGAAAUGGUCUACUGGCACCCCAUGGGAAAGACACUACGGUGCACUGUAUUAGAAAAAAUAAUGCCGGUCAUAAUGCCGGUCAUAAUGUCGGUCAUAAUGACGGUGAUAAGGACGGUCAUAAUGACGGUGAUAAGGACGGCCAUAAGGACGGCAAUAACAACGGUAGACCAUUUGUCAAGGGGAUGAACAUCCACGUGAGCAGUGCACUGAACGAAGCAGAUAAGAAAGGUGUGCAUGUGCACAGCCAAGUUGCGUACCCCAAAUUGGAGAGCGCAGUCAUCUUAAAUGAAGUGCUACAAAAAAAUAACGAAAAUUGGAACAAACCCUACAGUGACACGAAUAAAAUACCAACACUUCACUUUACGAACAAUUUUUCUAUCGAUUUUGCUAACAUUCUGAAAAACUACAAAGAUAAAUCAGAUAAUUAUCUAAAUAAGCAGUACAUACAGGACUUGGAAAGAAUUCAUUUUUUAAUUCAGGAUUUUACGAACAACUACAGGUGUAGCGAUAAUUUAAAGUCCAUUUUUCAACUACUUCAAUACGAAUUUGACAAGGAGAAAAGAGAGCAUCAAUAUUUUUGUCAAAACCAGAAAUAUGUAGUUCUUACCAUGCCUCUAAAUGAUAUUAAGAAAAAUUAUGAUAAAUUUGGUGAACCCAGUCUAAUAGAACCCAUCUCCCAAUAUAAGCUGGAUACGUGCCUUUUGGAAAAUUUAGAUAAUCAGUCCAAGGGUAAAUUCUGCAGUUUGGAAAGGAACCACUUAAAGGAAGACCUUACAGAUGCAUAUAAUUUAGUUAAGAAUUGUAGUAGGGGGGAUGACCCCAAGGAUGACAGUAGUGAUUAUGAUGCUAAUGACAAGUGCGUGGAGAAAUGCACUACAGGAAAUAGCAUAGGAUUAUACAUGAGGACACCAAGCUAUGCUUCUUCCCAGAAUAGCACCACAGACAUGGGAACCUCUGCGGAAUCAGUGGUGGUACACACGUACAGCCACAACGGUGAUGAAAACACCAAUGGAAAAAGCAACGGUAAGCAGGUCAGGACCCAGCGCUGCAUUGGUAAUUUGCCUAAGACGGACAAAAUGGGAAAGUAUUGUAUUAGCAAAAAAAGGUGGAGUGGCAAUUUGAACGAAAGUAUCUUGUCCAAAAUGAAUAUAUUCCUUAUAAGGCACAAUAACCGCGUGUACAAAUUUAAGCUAAAUAGCAAUUUCGCACAGAGAGGAAACCAAUUAUAUGAUAAAAAAAAUGGAAAAUUUUUUAAAUUACUUUCUUCAUUUUAUGAACAAUUUCUCAAGGAGAAAUGCAACAAAAGAAAUGUUUUACUUAAUGGAGACAUAUCCCUAAGUUAUGUAAACAAUGAUGAUCCCAGAAAGGAUAACCUUUCAAAUGAUCAAACAGAUAAUGAGAUUGCUAAAUCUUCACAUACCAAUAAUGAGGACAACUUUUAUAAUAUUAUUCAAAGUAGUGGACUCACGAAUAUUGACGAUCUUUUCAUUUCGGACGACGAGGUGAAUCUUAUUUACAUGUAUAGCAAUCAUCGCAAUGAGAAGAUUUAUAGUUUAGAAAAAUUGGACGUAUUGACAAAUCAAAACUCUAUAUUGUCCACUUUGAAUGAUAGUACUAACACCGGGCACGAGAAUUACGCCUGUAAAAAAUGA